UACUUUUGAGGACCACAUCGGAAGCGGCUCUUAUUGCAGUGAGCCGGUCGACAGGCGGAAGCAGUUGAACCCGUGAGGCUGAACCCGGUGUGUGAGACCGGUGCUCGGUCCAUGGACUGAAUAGGCUUUCAGUAGGGUCUUUAUCGGGUUUGUCUCAGACUGGUCUGAUGUGACAGACUGCUCCGGGUACCGCUGUGAACGCCCCCUCGCGGCCGCGCGGUGUUAGCUGUUAGCCUGUUAGCUUGAGAAUUUAGUCAGAGUUUAGUUUGAAGAAGUUCAGAGAUGUCGGGGGGAGACCUGAGGGGACGCUUCCUCUACAACCUGCCGUCAUCCGUCCAUUGGGAGUUUUGCCGGGUCAUGGAUGGACUGUCAGACCUGGACUGGACCCGCUUCGCCUCGGAGGUCCUCCACGAUCAGAACACUGUGCGAUUGGCUGAGAGGAGGGAGAGGCGGACCGACUGGGUGAUGAACCAGUGGGAGAACAGGAACGGUCGAGUCGGGGAGCUGAUUGACCUAUUGGAGCGUCUACAGCUGUUCCGCCCCCGUGAUGUCAUCCUGGGCUGGAUGACCAGUAUGAUGCCUUUCUCCUCUCUCCCUCCUCCUCCUCCUCCACCUGCUCCUAUUGCUCAUCGUCCUCACGUCUCUCUCCCUCAGUUCGACCCCCCUCCCAAAUCCUCCGAGGCCCCGCCCACAUUGAGCACCUGUAAACUGACCACAAAAGUAGAUACAGGAAGAGGAAAACCUCUACCCAGACCUGCUCCACCCCCCUCCAGUCUGCAGUCUGGCCUCCACCAACCCCCCCAGCCCUCCCAGGUGGCGACAGGCGGGGUGAUGUGCUGGUCGUAUGAAGAGGUGCAUGCUGGGACACACGGGUUCUCCCCCUCCCUGCAGGUGGGAGAGGGGGGGUUUGGAGUCGUGUACAGAGCGACUCUGAAAAACACCGACUGUGCCGUCAAGAGACUAAAACAGGACUGUCUGAUGGACUGGACUCUGCUGAAGGAGAGUUUCCAGACUGAAGUAGAGAAACUGUCAAAGUUCAGACACCCCAACAUUGUGGACCUGCUGGGCUUCAGUGAGGGAGGGGGGUCAGUGUGUUUGAUCUACAGCUACAUGGACAACAGAUCACUGGAGGACCAGCUGCAAAACGAGUGUGUGCUCUUCUCCUGGUCUCGGAGAGUAAAUGUUGUUGAAGACGUGUCAAAGGCUCUGCAGUUCCUCCACACACCCCCAGGCAGACACCCACCACUCAUCCACGGAGACGUCAAGAGUUCAAACAUCCUGUUGGACCGUCACCUGGUGGCGAAGCUGGCGGACUUUGGUUUGGCUCGGUGUGCGUCUCGCGGCUCAUCUGGACGCUCGGCAGCUCAGACCGCAUCUGUCGGUAAGACGGAGACAGUAAGAGGAACGCUAGCAUACCUGCCUGAUGAGUACGUGAGGAACAAAGAGCUGGGCACCGCUGUGGACGUCUACAGCUUUGGAGUGGUGUUGUUGGAGGUGCUGACUGGUCGUCGAGCUCUGGAGAAAGACAGGAAGUCAGGAGAGAGAUACCUGAAGGACCUGGUGGAGGAGGUUGCGGACAGUCCGACUGGUUCAUCUGAAGCAUCCUGGAAGAAACAGCUGGACCACCGGCUGAUUAAAGGGGGCGCUGCAGAGCCUGCUGGCUGUAUGAAGAUGGUGGCUCUAGCCUGCAGCUGUUUGGACAAGAAGAGGAAGAAGAGACCGGUCAUGACCGAGGUGUUUGAAAAACUUCUGGACAUCCACAACAUGGUGAGGAUGACCAGCUCCUCCUCCCCCCUCCAUCACCCUCCUCCCCCUCAUCUUCAUCCCCCUUCCCAGUCCUUCCCUCGACCCCCCAGCUCCCUGGACUCCAGUGUGGGAGCUCUGUCCAACCAGAUGUCUAAACUGGGACCACUCGAGUACACCUACCAGUCCUCUUCGUCUUCCUCCUGUGCCCUCACCCUUCCCCACCCCCUCCACUCCUCCUCCUCAUUCGCGGGCCCAUGUGAAACUGAUGAGAGUCGAGGUUUCUCCCAGUACCACCUUCGCUCCCAGUCAAGCUCAAAUGGGACCAGCUCUAAGGCUCUGUCCGCAUCCACCAGAGAUCCCUGUCCAACUGGGCCCACAGAGUCCCAGUUCAGCAAGCCUUCUGUCCCCACUGAGGACCAGUACAACUUUCCUCCUCAGCCCAGCUCCAGUAACAGACCAAGGGCCAGGGCCCUCACAGGACCAGACACCACAGCAGGGGCCACAGCAGGUCUCUACAGUGUCUCAGAAUGCCUCUCUCCCGUGGGGUCCCUGCAGUCAUCGUCCCUGGGGCCUGCAGUCCACAUUAAUCCAAGUAAACAGCGUUUCCUGGAGAAGAAGACUCUGUACGAGGAGGGACGGAUCAAGACUCCAGAGCUGCUGUCAUCACACGACCUCUACGGAGGGCAGAGCUCUGCGGAGUCCAGAGGACCAGAGGAGAGCGAUGAGCUGGAUUAUCUUCCUGCCAAACACAACUAGCAGAGAGGUCACCUGAGGUCACGUUCCUUCCCAGAAUCAACACACAGAUGUGAACUCAGAAUCACCUGCUGAUGUCGACCUGCAAGUGGUGCUGUUUCACAGAGUUCACACAUCUGUUGAAUCCAUUAACUCCUCACCAUAGUCAUUUAUGGGCUCAUGUCAGGGUCAAAAAGGUUCUGAGUCUGUAAUGGGAUGUUACUAAAGAUUCCACAGUCUGUGGGAACCUGUGAAAUAAAUCAGAUUUCUUCACGUGGAGAAAAGAGAUUAUGAACAGGCGAGAUCAGUGGUGAGCUUACACACACACACACACACACUGUGAAAGAUGAAGAGCUUUGUGAACAGAAGCAGAGUCAAACUGUCCAAUCAGAGGGCAGGUGGUUUAGUUUGACAAAUGUUCACACACACUGUGGUUUAGGUUAUUUCACAAAGGUUCAUUUACAGCCCUAGACUGUGGAAUCAUGAGUGACCACUUCAAAGGCUCAGAGUCUUUUUGACCCUGACGAGAGCCCAUAGUGAUCCUGCUGUCUCUUCGUCAGUUUAAACAAAUCAACCACAGAGAAAUCAGAGUGAGCCAACGAUGGACAGCUGAGGUUUGCGUGAAGGUAUGACAUCCUCCACAGGGUUUAAGGGGCCCGUGGUCCUGUGCCUCAGUUUGAAGUGACUGUUAUCAUAUCAUUGGAAAGUUAAUCAAAAGACAACAGACACAAAAUGACUGCAAACCAUAAAACCACCCCUCAUCCAGUGUAGGAGGGUGGGGGCCUCUUACACGUGUGUGUCCAGGGGCCAAAUGUCUCCAAAUGUGUCUGUGCUGAUCAGACCUUUACUGACAUUAUCAUCAUCAGUGACGUUUAUUUUUUUAAACUGUUUAUUCACAUUCACUGAUAAUAAACUCACACAUUUUAUAAUCUGAAAGUCUUGACUUAUAAAAUGAUGGAAAUGUUUUCUCCUGUUUUCUUUGACACAAAUGAUUUAUUUUAAUUAAAUAGA